GACCGGUUGGCCCAUGAGGUCUCUUUCAAUUCUAUAAUUCUAAGAACACAUCAUUACAAAAAAUGGAGACCUAACAGGGGGUAUGAAAUCAACAGGGUAGGACUGCCAGAAGAGAGAGGACUGUAAUUCUAUUUCAAAUUCCAUCUGCUCCUUAAGCUGUGGGAGCCCUUCGGACAGGUCAUUCCCUAUUCCUGGGGCGGCCCGGGAAAAGUGUCAGACCUGGAAACGGGAUGCGGCGGGGAGGUUUGAUCCUCCUGCUUGGCCUGGGCUUCUGCCAGGGUUGUCAACCUGCGCGUGCCUCUCUAUCUGGAGAGCAUCAGAAAGACCCAGAGCGGGGCAGGGAGGAGGAGAGCAAAGGAUGAGCAACAUUUCACUUGGGAGAAAAAGAAGAACUGGACCGAGCGAGGGGUUCUAGCGCGGAGGCGUCCCUCCCUUUCCUGGCCGAGAGGGGCGAGUGUGGGCGGCUGCCUCCUGCCCGAAGCCCUUUCGCCUCCCUGGGGCCGCCCUCCCAGCUCCUCCUCCUCUUCGUGCCCAGAGGGAGAGAGAGAAAGAGACAGAGAAAGAGGAGAGGCGGCCGGCGCUGGUGUGCUGAGCGCCAGGGAAGAGGAGGCGAAGGAAGAAGGCGAGGAGGAGGCGGCGGCGGCUGGGGAAGGGUCUGCUGGGCGGCGCCAUGUCUCUGCCCCCGCUCCUGCCCUCGCCCGCCCCCCGCCGGGCCCCGCAGGCGCUCUCCCCUCCCUCGGCCCCGCGAAGGGCGCCUCCGUGCUCGCCGGCCAAGCCCCCUCGGAGGGCGCCCUUCCCGGGCUCCUGGCCCAGCUCGCCCGCCUCCCUCCCCAGGCAGGGGCCUCCGCGGCGAGGCGGCAGGGCGCCCCCUCCGGCAGCCCCUUCCUCCCCGCCGCCGCCGCCGCCUCCGCCGCCUUUCUCCGCCGGGAGAUUCUCGCUCAGCCUCCCUCCGGAGGCGAUCCGGGUCCUGCAGCGGCGGAGCCUCGAGGAGGAGAACGAGGAGAAGCAGCGGCGGCGGCACAAGCAGCGGCGCCCGCGCGGCGGCGGCAGCGGCGGCGUCGGGAAGAGCGGGCCGGAGUGGCGCCACCUGCUCCCGGUCUCCCUGCUCAAUGAGCGACACCGCUACGACGACGUGGAGUACGAGGAGGAAGGAGCGGGAGAGGGAGAGGAAGGGGCCGCGGGGAGCAGGACCCCCGCCAGGGACGAAGGGCUGGUGCGCAAGUGCACCGAGUGGCUGCGGGGCGUGGAGAGAGCCUCCGCCCGGGACCGGGCCGGGAAGCUGGGCAGCCUGCCCCACCUGGGCACCCUCUGAAAGCGAGGAAGAGCGCGCCGCGAGGAGGAGCGACGAGGCAGGACGGCUUUCCCGGCUCAACGGAGCAAGGGAUCCAAUGGCAGAGAGCGAAGGAGAGCCCACCUGGACAUUAGGGAGGACUUCCUGACCCUGAGAGCUGGUCAACAGCGGAACUCUCUGCCUCGGAGUUGGAUGGAGGCUCCUUCCUGACUGUAAGAGCAAUGGAACCCUCUGCCUUGUACUGUAGUGGAAGCUCCUUCCUUCAACCGAAAUUGGAUGGCCAUCCGUCUGGGGUGCUCUGAUUGUACUUUUCCUGCAUGGCAAGGGGUUGGACUGGAUGACCCCUGUGGUCUCUUACAACCCAAUGAUUCUGUGAUCAGGUUGGAAGCAUGGCUUGGGAAAGGGUCCCCGGGUGCAUCUGGACCAGAGCUUUCCAAACAUUUCUUUCCUGUUGGCGACACACACUUGAGAUGUGCAUUAUUUCACAACAUAGUCAUUCGCUUUUACUAACAAGUCAAAGGGCAGAUCAACCCCUUAUAAGGGAUACAGGUCAUACAUAAAUCAAGUGUGAUACUGUGUCGUUGAAGGCUUUCAUGGCCGGAAUCACUGGGUUGCUGUGUGUUUUCUGGGCUGUAUGGCCAUGUGUCAGAAGCAUUCUCUCCUGGUGUUUCACCCACAUCUAUGGCAGGCAUUCUCAGAGGUUGUAAGGUCUGUUGGAAACUAGGCAAGGGAGGAGGUUUAUAUACCUGUGGAAGGUCCAGGGUGGGAGAAAGAACUCUUGUAUGUUGGAAGCAAGUGGGAAUGUUGCAAUUAAUCAUCUUGAUUAGCAUUGAUUAGCCUUUCAGUUUCAGGGUCUGGCUGUUAUGGCCUGGGAGAAUCCUUUGUUGGGAGGUGUUAGCUGGCCCUGAUUGCUUCAUGUCUGGAAUUCCUCUGUUUUUUGAGUGUUGUUCUUUAUUUACUGUUCUGAUUUUAGAGUUUUUUUUAAUACUGGGAGCCAAAUUUUGUUCAUUUUCAUGGUUUCCUCCUUUCUGUUGAAAUUGUCCACAUGCCUGUGGAUUUCAAUGGUUUUUUUGAGAAUGCCUGCCAUAGAUGUGGGUGAAACACCAUGAGAAAAUCCUUGUGAAACAGGGCCAUGCAGCCUGGAAAACUCACUCCCGGGAUUCCAUAGCAUCUAGACAUGACAAAUUGGUGUCAGACUGCAUGAAUUUCACAGUGUUGUUGCAUCCUAUGUUGGAAGCAUAACUACUCAUGGUUUAGUAAAAGAAAGAGCUUAGACCUGCCACCGUCUCCCUUCCUUGAAGUUGCAAUGAUGGCGAAAGACCCCCUGAUGUUGGUGGGGAAAUCUAUGGCCCAUUCCAAGUGGCCUGAGUCUCCAUUACAAUUAUAACAGCAUUUGUAAAAAAAAAAAUGUUUUUGGUCAGAAACAUGUGAAGAAGAAGCAACUGGUGGCAAGGCUGUAGAAUUCACGACUUAACUGAUAUGGCUCAAGGCUAUAGAAUAAUUGGAAUCAGGGUUGUAGCCAAGGGGGGGGGGGGGGGGUAAGGGGUUUAAGCCCCCCGCCAAUUUUUCAGGUUUUUCUAAAACCUGAUUUACUCAUUGAUUUUAACUGAUUAACCAAAUCCUCAUGAGUGUCCACUGAAGUUUAUUGAUGGAGCCUGAUUUCCAAAUUAUUUUCCAUUAUGGAACUAUUCUUCAUGAUUCGCUAAAAAAAGUUUCAGCCUCCCACGCGAAUUUUUUUUCUGGCUAUGGCCCUGAUGGGAAUUGUAGUUUUAUAAGGUACUUUGCAUUCUCUAUCAAAGAGUGCUAGCGCCUUACCAAACUACAAAUCAUAUGCCAUAGCAUUGAGCCAUGUCAGGUAAAGUGGUGUAAAACUGCAUUAAUUUGACAGUAUAGAUCAGGCAUGGGCAAACUUCGGCCUGCCAGGUGUUUUGGACUUCAACUCCCACAAUUCCUAACAGCCUCAGGCCCAUUCCUUUUUCCCCUCAGCCGCUUAAGCAUUGAGCCAUGUCAGUUAAAGUGGUGUAAAACUGCAUUAAUUUGACAAUGUAGAUCAGGUAUGGCCAGAUUUAUUGGACUUGAACUCCCACAAUUCCUAACAGCCUCAGGCCUCUUCCUUAAGCAAAAGUGGCCCCCUUGAACAGUGGUUCCCAACCUUUGAUGUCAGGUUGAUUGAGACUUCAACUCCCAGAAGCCCCAUCCAGUGGGGGCCAAAGUGAUAAUUCUACAGUGUAGAUGCAUCCUUAGGGCUGACUUGGACUGUAGAAAAGGCUGAAUCUAACAGACAGUAGCUUUAAUAGAGCAAUGGAUGUAAUAGUCCCUUUUGUGUAUAGAUUUUUACAGUGCCUACCUAACCACGAAAUUUUGCCACUUUGUUUUCUUGGACUUAUUUUAGUAACAUAUCAAUAAUUGUUAGCUUUUAUUGUAUUUUAUACUCUAUCUGAGUUCCAGGACGGCAUAAAUCCUGGAAUUCUGUUUCUCUAACUUUUCUUCCUUGUUCUAGGACUCAAGACUGCAAAUGUUAUGAAGGAGUUUGCAUUUUACACCAGAGACUGUGGCAACACAGAUAAAGAUUUAUAAAACACAAGAAUGUGGCACAAAGUAUUGAGUAGCAAGAUCAAUUUUUUUAUACAGAGUGAUUACAAUGAAAAUGAAGAAUAGCACCGUGAUUUUGUAAAUUGGUAACAUUUCUAUUUAUUUGAAUAAACCUUUACAGUUGUUUGUGA